UUGUAUUUAACCUAGAUUCUGGCCGUCUGGAAUACGUCAAUAAAUCAUCUCAUUAGUCGCGUCCAUUGAAACCAGUUAUUUUCGGGAGGUAGUGAAGUGCCAGUGCGAGAGCUUGGAAAAGUUACGAAUAUGUCACAAAGGUUUCCAACUACCGGUCCUGCGGCUUCCCCGGGCCCGGCGCAACCCCGAUAUCAAGCUCCGCCAACGACACCGGGUAUGCGUCCUUAUGCUUCGGGAGGUGGUUUUGCGCGGGGAUUCACUCCUCCACAACAAGUUGGGAGCAAUCCAUCGCCAGGAAGUGCCAAUCUUCACCCACGUGCCGGCCAGCCAGGCUUUCAGAGUGGCCUUCGCGGAAGCAGUCUUUCUUCAGGUGGCGGUGGCAAGCGUUCGGCUGAAUCCCGCAAUUCCCUGAACAACCCUCAUGGCAAGGGGGAAUACACUUCCAGUAAAAAGAAGAAGAAGUUGGCUGAUAAAAUCUUACCCCAGAAAGUACGUGAUUUGGUGCCAGAAUCACAGGCUUACAUGGAUUUGCUUGCUUUCGAGCGGAAACUUGACGCCACAAUCAUGAGAAAACGCCUCGACAUUCAGGAGGCACUUAAGCGCCCAAUGAAACAGAAGCGAAAACUGAGAAUUUUUAUAUCUAACACUUUUUAUCCAAGCAAAGAGACUGCUGAUGGUGGCGACAACACCGAUGGGGCGGUGGCGUCUUGGGAGCUUCGAGUCGAAGGUCGUCUCUUGGAGGAUAACAAAAACGACCCGAAUAAAAUCAAGCGAAAAUUCUCAAGUUUCUUCAAAUCGCUCGUAAUUGAGCUAGACAAAGAGCUUUACGGACCAGAUAACCACCUGGUGGAAUGGCAUCGCACACACACAACUCAGGAAACGGACGGUUUCCAAGUGAAGCGUCCUGGUGACCGCAAUGUUCGUUGCACAAUUUUACUUCUGCUCGACUAUCAGCCCUUGCAGUUCAAACUUGAUCCCCGUUUGGCGAGAUUGCUUGGCGUUCACACUCAGACCCGGCCUGUUAUCAUCAGCGCCCUUUGGCAGUACAUUAAAACUCACAAACUGCAAGAUGCGCACGAGCGCGAGUUCAUAAACUGUGACAAGUAUUUAGAGCAAAUUUUCGGCUGCCCGCGGAUGAAGUUUGCUGAAAUACCGCAGCGCCUGAACCCACUUCUGCAUCCCCCGGAUCCAAUCGUCAUCAACCAUUUCAUUGAGAGCGGUGCGGAGAACAAGCAAACCGCCUGCUACGACAUCGACGUCGAAGUUGAUGACACUCUGAAGAACCAAAUGAAUAAUUUCCUGAAUAGCACCGCCAGCCAACAGGAGAUCCAGGGACUUGACUCGAAAAUCCACGAAACAGUUGAAACCAUAAACCAGCUGAAAACAAACCGCGAGUUCUUUUUGAGUUUCGCCAAAGACCCGCAAACAUUCAUUCACCGCUGGACCGUCAGCCAGACCAGGGACUUGAAGACUAUGACCGACGUUGUAGGGAAUCCGGAGGAGGAAAGACGUGCCGAAUUCUACUAUCAGCCUUGGACGCAGGAAGCGGUGUCUCGUUACUUCUUCACUAAAGUCAACCAGAAGCGGGCUGAGCUGGAGCAGGCUUUGGGGAUUCGUAAUUCGUAGAUUGUUAUUGCACUAUGUGCGAUGAUGUUUCAUUCUUUUUAAGGAGUCAGACAUUCUACAUGAUUUUAUGAUUAUUUUAUUGCUUUGAUUGUAAGCGGUAUUGAUAAGGAGUAAUCAAUAAAAUUUGUGUUUUCUUUAAGAGA